CGACGGUUUCUAAUCCUCUUAUCGAAGAUAAACUUUGUACUCUAUACCAAUAUCCUUCAUUACGUUCAUAUCUUGCACAAGAAGCACGCCGAAUUGAAGCUGCUUCUAAACUAGAAAAAGAAGAAGAAACUAAAACAGAAGAAACUAAAACAGAGGAAACUAAAACAGAGGAGGUUAAACCUGAAGAAACUAAAACCGAUGAAAUUAAAUCUAAAGAAAUUAAGACUGAAGAAGUUAAAUCCGAAGAAAUCAAAUCUGAGGCAAUUAAAACCGAUGAAGUUAAGUCUGAGGCAAUUAAAGCCGAUGAAGAAACAAAGGUUAAGAAAGUCGAGGAUGAAGAAAAUAAAAUGGAGGAAACUUCAAAAGUUGAAAAUAAAUUGAAUUCAAUAAAUAUGACAAGAAGUUCUAGUAAUCGUA